AUGAAAAGGUACAGAGAAAUCACAGUCCUUAUUGUGUGCUGCAUUCUAAAGAUAGCAGAAGGAAGCAAUCCAGAGGAUGCACUGAGGGAGAGAGGGCUUGCACACGGCAUAAGCAAAGAGAAGGUAGAAAGCUUGAAGAAAGAAGCUGACCGUUUAAAACAUACAGCCAAUGCACCUAAAGAAGGUUUCUUUACGGAUAAAAAAGAAGAAGACGCAGAGAGAUACCAAAACAAGAUAGACGAGCUCUCUUCACUCGCAGAUAGCUUGUUCAGCUUUGUCGUAGGAAAGCCAUCUAAAGAUUAUCUAAAAGAUAGCCCAGAUAGUAGUCUGUCUAAACUAAAGAAUUUCAUCAGUAAUAAAAAAAAAGAGAACACAUCGGAACUGCCUAUAUUCGAUCCCAAGUACCUUACAGGACUCCUGAUCGUUCUCUUUGUUCUCGGGUGCAAUAUGCUCCUGCUUGGAUACAAGGAAAAGAGAUUCAACGUGUUUGCUAUCAUCAGCUUUUAUGCUUUUAAGCCCAUAUACUCUUUUUUAAGCAAUCUUGUGAAAAGUGAAAAGCACUCUGCUCUUGGCGAGUAUGAGCUGUUUCUCAAAUUCAGAGAGAUUAUAGAGCCAGAGAUGCCCCGCCUGAUCCUUUGCUCUCUUAUCUGUGCAGCUCUAUCCGGAGCUGUCUGCUACAGCAUCCACACGUUCAUCCGAUUCUUUGUAUUCGCAUCGAUCGGCGCUCUCUUCCUCUCUGGCCCGGGCUGGGACAUGUUCAUGCAGAUGGAGUCUUCCAGAAAGUUUUUCAUUGUGGUGGGCAGCAUAGCUAUACUUUUGGUUCUCUUCAGAGUCGUUCAGAGCAGCAUUGAAAAGUAUCUUUUUCUAACGGUGUUUGGACUAUUUGGGACUUUAUUUGUGCUCCUGCCAGUAUCCGAAAUUCUGCUUUUGGGGUUUGCAUGCCCUGCUUUUAUUUUGAACUAUGGCUCUUGCCUGGUCUGCAGUAAAAUUCCUCUGAAUGUUGAGUAUACAACCAUAGCUGCAAUGACAGGACUUUCCAUCUACAUGCAGCACAGCAUAAGUAAAAAAAAGAGAUACAUACGCAGAUAA